AUGGCAAUGGAAAUAGUCAAAGAUGGUGAACACUUCCUUGACCUUAAAGACAAGUAUUGUUUCUUCAAUGGGGUUUUGUUACGUACGCAGGUAACUUUGGCAAUAAUGGAGGCAGUUGGUGAGGAUUCAGAUAAUAUAGAAUUAUUUUGGACUCUGUUCAAUGAACUUCUUCAAAAGGUGUCCGGGAAGAAAGAUUACAAGUUUAACCCGAUCGGAUUUUGUACCAAUAUGGCAGGUGUAAACUUUUCUGCCAUAACAAAACUUUUUGGUGAUGAAAUGAAAUCGGCUGUCAAAAGUUGUGAAUUUCGUUUAAAAGAGCAGAGAAAUAAAAGAGCUUGUCGAAUGCAGGAUGACGAGAGUUGUUCUGAAUUUAAAGAAUGCUGUGAACGAUUACUUACAAGCACCACAGAGCAAGCAUAUGAUAAUGCAAAGAAAGACAUGGACACAUUUAUAGUGACACACUUAUGUGUGUGGUUUUGGAUGUGGAACUUAAAGAGUACCAAAGAG